UGGGCAUGUGCCCUGGCAGGGAAUGGAACUGUGACCUUGUUCAUGGGUCGACACUCAACACCUGCUGUGUGGGGGGGACUAUCUUUGACUGUGCUUUCCCUGAUCAUAUCCACCUGUUGGGCUCCCCCAAUUGUUGGCUGUCUUCUCUAUUGUUUUUGUCCUGGAGCAUCAAUUGCUCCAUAGACUGAUCCAAUUAAAUUUGGGCUCCUUUAACAGGGUAGCUUUUGAGUUCAGUGUUUGAAGUUUGUUCUCACCCCAGGAAGGUUCUUCUUAUCUGUCUCUUUAUCUGGUUCUCUCUGGUAAACUAACUGGCCCAUGGUUUAGCUUGUUGCAAUAAUGGAGGCACAAGCCUCCUAUUUGCUUACCACCCAAACCUUGAUUGAUUUUUGAGAGCACCUUUAAACUUGAACUUCCCAUAUUGUUUCAAGUUAAGUCUUUUUGGUUUUAGUUUUAGUUUUUGCUUGGGGAGCUUCAAAGCUACCUGUUUUAUAACUUUCCUGUCCCCCAGGAAGAAUCUCUGAGCUGCAGCUCUGUAGCUGGGGAUAGUGACAGUUAAGCACAUCUUCUUGAACGACACUGCUGCCUGGGGGGGGGCAGCCUCUGGGCCUUCUCAGCUUGCCUCUCCCACUGUGGAACCUUCUUCCUAGGAAUGAGCUGGGGCUUAAGCAACUGGGCUACAGUAUUCCUAGCCUGCUGGACCUAAGGCAGAGCUUCCAGCUUAUGAGUAGGGGCUGGUGGAAGGAGGGAGCCCUGGCCUCUCUGCUACAUUCAGCUGGAACAUGGAGUUGAAAGUGGAACGCCACUACAUGAGUUUUAGCAUGACAACUAUGAAAAAGGAAGCAAGAAACUUUUGGAAUCAGACCUUUUUUUACUUUGGAAUUGGAUAUGAGGGAGUGUGGGCCUGUGUGACUAUUUCCCCCUUACAGUCUUGGAACAGAUUGCAUAUCUUAAGGUCAAAUAGCAGCUGCAACAAUGCAGGGAUGUAUGCACAGGCAGUCUGGCUCCAGAACCUGUGGUUUAACCUCUUCUGAACUGUGGGAGCCUCUGGGACAUGGACCCAUGCAUUUCAGUUUAUGUUUCUAUGACCUCCAGGUACAGACGACUGUUCAGGUGUGUAUAUAUUUGUCUUCUGUUUUUCCCCGCCAGGUGCUUGUGUCUCCACGGCCUCCAUGUUUAAAGCAGAACAUGUGUGCAGAGUAGACGCGGCUUUCUUCCACAGCCUUUCUGGGGCCACAGGACAAGGAGCUGUUUGAGUGAACAUACUGUUCUGUACUCUACCUCUCAGGGCCUCCUGUGCUAGCCAUGCCUGUGCCCACAGAGGGCACUCCGCCACCCCUGAGUGGCACCCCCACCCCAGUCCCAGCCUACUUCCGCCAUGCAGAACCUGGUUUUUCCCUCAAGAGGCCCAGGGGGCUUAGUCAGAGCCUUCCGCCCCGGCCCCCUGCCAAGGGCAACAUCCCCAUCAGUCGCCUCUUCCCUCCUCGGACCCCAGGCUGGCACCAGCCCCAACCCCGAAGGGUAUCAUUUCAAGACAAAGCCUCUGAGAUCCUACAGAGCCCCAGUUAUGACCCAAGCCGGCAGGAGUCCUUCUUCCAGCAGAGUUUCCAGAGGCUUGGCCGCCUGGGCCAUGGCUCUUAUGGAGAGGUCUUCAAGGUACGUUCCAAGGAAGAUGGCCAGCUCUAUGCAAUAAAGCGCUCCAUGUCGCCAUUCCGGGGCCCCAAGGACCGAGCCCGAAAGCUGGCUGAGGUCAGCAGCCAUGAGAAGGUGGGGCAGCACCCAUGCUGUGUGCGGCUGGAACGAGCCUGGGAGGAGGGUGGCAUCCUGUACCUGCAGACAGAGCUGUGUGGGCCCAGCCUGCAGCAGCACUGUGAGACCUGGGGCACUGGCCUGCCUGAGGCCCAGGUCUGGGGCUACCUGCGGGAUACCCUCCUCGCUCUGGCCCACCUGCAUGGCCAAGGCCUGGUCCACCUUGACAUCAAGCCUGCCAACAUCUUUCUGGGGCCCCGGGGCCGCUGCAAACUGGGUGACUUUGGGCUGCUGGUGGAGCUGGAUGCAUCUGGGCCUGGUGAGGCGCAGGAGGGAGACCCCCGCUACAUGGCCCCCGAGCUGCUGCAGGGCUCCUACGGGACAGCAGCCGACGUGUUCAGUCUGGGUCUCACCAUCCUGGAAGUGGCAUGCAACAUGGAGCUGCCCCAUGGUGGAGAGGGCUGGCAGCAGCUGCGCCAGGGCUACCUGCCCCCCGAGUUCACUGCCAGCCUGUCUUCUGAGCUGCGGUCUGUCCUCAUCAUGAUGCUGGAGCCUGAUCCCAAGCUGCGGGCCACAGCUGAGGCCCUGCUGGCCCUGCCUAUGCUCAGGCAGCCACAGCCCUGGAGUGUCCUGUGGUACAUGGCUGCUGAAGCCCUGAGUCGAGGGUGGGCCCUGUGGCAGGCCCUGCUGGCUCUGCUGUGCUGGCUCUGGCAUGGGCUGGCUCACCCUGCCAGCUGGCUGCAGCCCCUGAGGCCCCCGGCUACUCCUCCUGGCUCACCGCCCUGCAGCUUCCUCCUGGACAGCAGCCACUCCAGCAACUGGGAUGACGACAGCAUAGGGCCCUCGCUCUCUCCAGAGGCCAUCCUGGCCAGGGCUGCCAGGAGCACCUCCUCCACUCCCCAGAGCAGACACACACUGAGGGAUACCCUAGACCUAAGUGACAUUGACUCUGAGCCCCCUCAGGGCUCCUUCCCCUCCUUUGAGCCUCGGAACCUCCUUAGCCUGUUUGAGGACUCACUGGGCCCAACCUGAGCCCAUUCCAGCUGUGGUGCUUUUAACCUUUUAGCUCCUUCCCCUGUCCUGGAGGCUAGAUGGUCCCUUCUGCCUGGCCAUAUCUAAUAAAAGGUAUCUGAAUCUUGGGACCACCCAAGCUUGCUUGCAUGGCAA